CCGGAUUUUAUAGGAAGAAGCACAGUUGACUCCUGCUGGGGCUGGAAUGUCCGAUGAGCUGCUUCCUUAUCUACUAAUGAUAAAAUGCACAGUCAAGCUACUGUAGUUGCUCUAACAUGCUUUAUAAAACAGUUUGCUUGCACUGACCUUUGUAGAAAAUAGGCUGUGUCCCAGCAAUAUCCUGUUUUUAUUUGACCCAGUUCUAAUGAAGAGUAGUUUUUUAGCAUCACAGUGUGAUUGUAAAGUCCUCAUUGGCUCAUCUCUUUGAAUUAGAUAUUACUAUACCUGCUUAAUGUAUCUUUUCUUCCUUUUCUUACUCUUUGAACCAGCAUGCAUGCACUUAUCACAUCUCUGUCCUUUUCUCUCCUUUUGCCCAUACUGCAGUCCUCCUAUCCAAGCACACACUCUCCCACAGCUCCCCAAGAUAGAGCCCCCUCUGUUACAGCCAUCCCCUCUGGUGUUUGCCCCAGUGGACCCCACCUCAGGUCCUAGACUGGUCAAAUGUGAGAGGUGGCCUCUCCUGGGGCGCCAAGACCCCCGGGAGCCCCCGGACCCUUUUGAUUAUGAGAGCAUUAUCCCUGACUUGGAGAAUGAUGACAUGUUUGCUAGACGGACCCUGGCCUUCCAGGCCAACACAAACCUGGCUAUGAUGAAGACUCAGCUGCGUAGAAAACGUCGUCUCUACUCGUCUGAGCCACAAAUUAAUAUUGUCACCCAGCGAAGUGGCCGUGGCAGCACUGAAGAGAAUGAUUUCCCUGAUAUUGACCAGGACGAUGUAGUGUACCGUAAGGAGAAAACCCAGCAGGCUCAGCAACAGCGGCCACUCUCAGGAGCCCCUGACAACUAUGCCCCUAUGCCCAUCCCAGAGCCCUGGGCUUUGCCUCCUGAUCUCAAAGCCAGACUCCUCUGCCCCCCAUGUCCCCUGACCCCAGAGGCAGCAGCAACUAAAAAGAAUCAAGUUGAGAAGGAGACCCACCCUAAAACGGAUGACAUGCUCGUUCGGAAGCUUGGACUUUGUUCUGAUCAGAGCCAAUCGGCCAGUCAGAUGACUCCCUCAGUGCCUUCUUCCUGUAGCGAUGGUGACCUGCAGAGGUGGCAGGCUAUUAUAGAAGCCAGUCGGCUUAAACAUAAGAAGAGGUUGAUGGUGGAGAGGCUAGCAGCUCUGAAGUUGUAGAAGCAGAUUGAUGUUGUUUCUCUUCACUUUGUUAAAUUUUCAUUUUUGUCUUUGUAUUUUUUGUCUAUCAUGAAAUAUUUUUGGCUUGACAGUGAGGCAGUGGUCUAGACUGCAUGCUGAUGCAACUUUUUUAAGGACUGCUCUGAAGGUCCCUGCAGUCCGAGAUGGGAGUUUUACCUAAUUUUGCUCAUUUCUGAAAAAGUAUAGGUACCUCCUGCAUUUAUCACAGUGAAGGAAAUCUGUUGAAAUUUUCUGCAGCAACAUCUCUGAACUAUUAUGGUUUUCUGUACAAUGGAUAUAUGGUAUAUUUGACCUUAUGAACACAUGCUAUGUACUGUAAAUGCAGAGUGGCUGUCCAGAAAUGUAGCGGUGUUGUGUAUUUUGGAGUGUGAUUUCAGAACUAAACUGCAUAAAGUAUCAACACAUUACUAAUAAAAUUAUUUGGCAUUUCAUAAGCGUUAUCAACCAGACCCAUAACUUUGCUUUUGUUUUCCUAUCUGAUCAGGUUAGCUUUGCUUAUUCAUUGUUAAUAAAGAAAAUACACAACUUCAUGAUCUUGUGACUGAAUGCAUUGAACUGGCCAUUUAUCGACCUCACCUAUAUUUACAAUAUGGAUCUGACCAGAGUACACUGUUGUUUUCCUCAGCACAUUGAUCUUUACACAGAAGUAAAGCUCAGACUGCUGCAGAAUGAAUUUGUGGAAAGGUUCCACCCUGGCUAAUAUCCAAACAUAACAUCCUCAACACACUGACCUCACUAAGCAGGGUACUGAAAUGGAGUUUUGUCUGGGCCGACAUGAAUGCCUGUGAAUUUCUAGCAGCUUUGAGAGAAGAUGCAACUUGUGGACUCCAGAGUAACCUGAACACAAAUCUGUACUGCUGUGUUUGCACAUGAAUGGACACACACACAAGCCUGCACAAACCAUUUAAGCCAAAUCAAGCUCAUCUGGAUUUUCUUAAAAUCCAUAUGUAAAGCAACAGUGACAACCAGAGUCUCCAGAAAGGCAGCAUUGUUUUGGCAGAAUACAUGUCUACACAGCUCCCCAGUCAAAUGUCAGAGAAAGGAAAGGUGACACUACUAUAUAUAGACCGUGAACUCUAUCCUCUGUGUACAGAGUGAAAACAAGCAGAGUAAUGUUUUGGCUGGGCUCAUGUAUAUUUGAAAUGCGCAGCCUGGGGAUGAGCAGGUCUGAGAUUCACCAACCUGCCUGAUGAUCUUAACCCUUUCACUCUCAGACUCACUGUCAAAGGUUAAUCCACAGAGAUGUGAUUUAGUCUGUGGU